CUCCGGGGGAGGAGCAAGGGGAGGAGCUACUUCCUGCCGCCAUCUUGUUGAGGCGCUGCCAUCUUGUUGAGGCGGCGAGGCGGCGCCACGGAGGAGGAGGAGGAGGAAGGCGAGAGAGUUAGUCUAUGAACAAACCUUGUGAGAGCUUUGCCCUAGGAAUGCCCUAACUCUGAAAGGACCUGAAGGUACACAGACCUAAGAAAAACAAGAAAUAAAUAGGAGAAAAUAUAUUUCAAGCUACAUACUUUUGUAAUCAAGGAGUAAAGAAAGGGGCUUGAGAAAGAGGUAAGAAGAGUACAGUAACACUAAGACUGAGAAGAGGAAAUUUUGUGCGGUUCAGGAGUCCAUAUCUGUGAACCUCUGGCAUAAUAUUGGAAGCAUAAAUUCAAAAGAAUGGAAAAUCUUACUCCCAGUUCCACAUCACACACAGAGGAGAAGCUACAUGAGUGUACAGACUGUGGGAAAUGUUUCAUGGGGAGAAGUUCUCUUACUAAACAUCAACGAACUCACACAGGAGAGAAGCCAUAUGAAUGCAUGGAAUGUGGAAGGAGCUUCAGCCGGAGUGACAGUCUGCAUUCCCAUCAAAGGACCCACACAGGGGAGAAGCCAUAUCAAUGCAUGGAAUGUGGAAAGAGCUUCAGUCAGAAUGCACAUCUGCAUUUGCAUCAAAUGACCCACACAGGGGAGAAGCCAUAUCGAUGCAAGGAAUGUGGAAGGAGCUUCCGUCAGAGCGGAGCUCUGCAUUCACACCUAAAGACCCACACAGGGGACAAGCCAUAUGAAUGCAUGGAAUGUGGAAAGAGCUUCAGUCAGGGUGGAGCUCUGCGUUCCCAUCAGAAGACCCACACAGGGGAAAAGCCACAUCAAUGCAUGGAAUGUGGAAAGAGAUUCAUUCAGAAGUCAAAUCUGCAUUCCCAUCAGAAGACCCACACAGGGGAAAAGCCACACCAAUGCAUGGAAUGUGGAAAGAGCUUCAGUAAGGGUGGAGCUCUGCGUUCCCAUCACAGGACCCACACAGGGGAGAAGCCAUAUCAAUGCGCUGAAUGUGGGAAAAAGUUCUGUCAGAGUUCACAUCUCCGUUUCCAUCAAAAGACCCACACAGAGGAGAAGCCACAUCAAUGCAUGGAAUGUGGAAAGGGCUUCAGUUCAAGUGGAGCUCUGCGUUCCCAUCAAAAGACCCACACAGGGGAGAAGCCCCAUCAAUGCAUGGAAUGUGGAAAGAGCUUUAGUUACAGUGGAAGUUUGCAUCACCAUCAAAGGACCCACACUGGGGAGAAACCCUAUAAAUGCCUGGAGUGUGCACAGAGCUUCAGACAGAGGGGAAGUCUGUUUGUCCAUCAAAGGACUCACACUGGGGAGAAACCCUAUAAAUGCAUGGAAUGUGGACAGGGAUUCAGUCAGCGUGCACAUCUGAAUUCACAUCAAAAGACUCAUACUGGGAAGAAACCCUAUAAAUGCCUGGAGUGUGGCAAGAGCUUCACAUGGAGUGGAAGCUUACGUUCUCAUCAAAGGACUCACACUGGGGAGAAACCCUAUAAAUGCCUGGAGUGUGGAAAGAGCUUCACAGGAAGUGGAAACCUACGCUCUCAUCAAAGGACUCACACUGGGGAGAAACCCUAUAAAUGCCUGGAAUGUGGACAGAGCUUUGCUCACAGUUCAAAUCUACAUUCACAUCAGAGGAUUCACACCCGGGAGAAAACCUGUACAUGCCUGGAGUGUGGACAGAGCUUCACUCAGAUUUCACACCUACAUAAACAUCAAAGGACUCACACUGGAGAGAAUGGUGAUAAGUGACACCAGAGAGUCUAAGAGGUACAAAAGAAACUUCUGUAAAUAUUAGAAAUGCAAGCAUGUGUGAUUCACAUCAUUAUUAUAAUAAUAAAAAUUAAAAAAAGAAAGAAAUGCAAGCACAAAACUGGGACAUUUUAUCGUAUCUUGUGUAUUUUAGAAAUUUUGAACUAAAAUACCUUCCAUUGUGGAAGUAAUUAUGGUUAAAUCAAACCAGAGGCUUUUUUUUUUGGUUGAGAAUGCUGGACAGGGUUGUUGUGUAUUUUUCGGGCUGUAUGGCCAUGUUCCAGAAGUAUUCUGUUGGGUUAUCUAAGCAAUCAUGCAUGCAUUUUCAAUGUGGGAUGGUUUAUGUAGUUAGUUAUGUUUGUUGCUUAGUAACCUGAGCCAAGCUGCAUUCCAGAGUUGAUGACACCAUUUAGGGGGUUUUGCAUAUGAAAUGGGAAUUGGGAGUAUCCUUUCUGGGGACACACAGGAAGUGAUGUACAGAUGCCUCUUCCUCUUCGAUCCUGACCAUGCCAUGCUGAUGUUCCUGUCUGUUAAGAGAUAUGUAGUUUCCUGAACUGUUUUUUCUUUUGGAACUAAGAUGUUUUUGCCUGUAUGACCAUCAUCAUACAAGAUUGUGAGUAAACAUAUUUUUGCUAUUUUAUUUUGAUGUCUCUGAUGUUUAUUUUAUGCGCAUGACCUUUUAAAGGGAAAGGGAGGCUGGAUAUUUUGUCUUAUUGUUUAUUUUCUUUUUACCUCUGCUCACAUAACCCCUAGUCUUCUGCGUUUUUACUGCUCUGCACCAAUAUUUAACCAUAUUGGGAUCAUAAUCUUAACAGGUUAUGAAUAUACAGUAGAGUCUCACUUAUCCAAGCUAAAUGGGCCGGUAGAAGCUUGGAUAAGCGAAUAUCUUGGAUGAUAAGGAGGCAUUAAGAAAAAGCCUAAUAAACAUCAAAUUAGGUUAUGAUUUUACAAAUUAAGCGCCAAAACAUCAUGUUAUAGAACAAAUUUGACAGAAAAAGUAGUUCAAUACGCAAUAAUGUUAUGUUGUAAUUAUUGUAUUUAUGAAUUUAGCACCAAAAUAUCACGAUAUAUUGAAAGCAUUGACUACAAAAAUGGCUUGGAUUAUCCAGAAGCUUGGAUAAGCGAGGCUUGGAUAAGUGAGACUCUACUGUAUAUAUUUCUGACCUCAAACGAACUUGUAGCACUUUAUCUAAGUUUUUAUUCGCAACUUAUAGUGUGCACUUUGCUGAUCUACUAUUACGGCCUCAUUGUUUUUAAUUCUGUUUUUAAUAAGUGUUUUUUAAUUUUCUGGUUAAUGUGUAAAUGCUACUACUGGUGCAUGUUAUUGUUUGUGGAUGUAUUGUAUGUUGUUAUUGUUUUUGUAUCUGAUAUUUCUGUGAGCCGCCCCGAGUCCCCUUCGGGGGAGAUGGAGGUGGGAUACAAGUAAACUACUACUACUUCUUCU